AGAGAAGAGAAACACAAAGCCUCUCUUAUGUUGUUUUUUUGCAGGAGUAUUUUUUUUUUGGGUCCCAGAGAGCGACGCGCAUUUCGCCGUGUGCCUCUAGUGGCAGCAAGCUGCGCAGCACAGCACACUUGGAGGAUUCCCAGCGUUGUGUCGUCCGUCCGUCGCAUCGUUUCCCUUCAGGAUUAGCAUUGCAAGCAGCCAGACAGCAGCGCCUCUCUCUCUCUCUCUCUCUCUCUCUCUCUCUCUCUUCCGUUCCAAAAUUCCAACGAGUUCCCCGUUUUGCUCCGCUUCCUCCUCUGCUCCAGGAAUAAUAUUUUGCUGGAGAAUAGUCGGAUGCAGGAGGCGAAAAAAGAUUCGAUCUUUGGAGGCCUUGCCUCUGGGGCGCCCGUCGGAGCGGAUCGCUUCCCGUUUGAUCCUCGGGAGUAUUCGCCGGCGAUGAGCUCCGACUCCAGGGAGCUGCUCGGGAUCGAUCCCCCGGAGCUCAUCUUCCCCUUCGAAUUAAAGAAGCAAAUCUCGUGUUCUCUGCACCUAACAAACAAGACAGAUGAAUAUGUCACGUUUAAGGUUAAGACAACUAGUCCAAAGAAGUACUGCGUCCGUCCAAAUAACGGCAUUGUGGCUCCCCAGUCCACAUCCAAUGUUCUUGUAACAAUGCAAGCUCAGCGGGAGGCGCCACCGGACAUGCAAUGCAAGGACAAAUUCCUUGUGCAGAGUGCCAUAGUGACACAAGAGCUCACACCGAAGGAUAUCACCGGAGACAUGUUUACGAAAGAAUCAGGUAAUGUGGUGGAUGAGGUGAAGUUAAAGGUUGUUUAUACUCAACCUCACCCGACAUCUCUCAAUGGCGGGUCUGAGGAAGGUCUAGGAAGCUUGAGUUAUCAAGAAGCAACAAAAGGAUCUAGAGAAUCAGAAACAGUAACCUCUGAGCCAUUGGCCUUGAUUUCAAAGUUGAAGGAGGAGAAGAGUUCUGCCAUUCAACAGAACAUGAAGCUUCGAGAAGAACUGGAUCUUCUAAGGAGGCAAAUGGGGAGUCAGCACGGUGGUUUCUCACUAGUUUUUGUGCUGGUUAUUGCUAUUCUGGGAAUCCUGCUUGGUUUUCUCAUUAAGAGAUGAGCGUCUGUGAUCAUAUAUCUUGUUCCACUUUUCUGUGAAAGAGUUGAUAGUCGUGGGCCUUGUCUGUUGUGUUAGCCAUUUGUACCAACUCAUGAUCGUCUUAUCUUAGGACCUGAUUCCUCUUGUAAUUUCUGACUAUCAAAUUCCAAUCAGUAGCUACUGCAUCCAGUCAAUAAGUCGUCUGUCCAUUUAGCAUGUUUGAGUAUAAGUUUUUUUUGGUCAAUUGUAUUCAUCUUUUGACACCUGUAAAUAUGACACUUCCCUUAACAUUAUGGCUUGCGAUAUGUAUAUGCUGGAUCCUUGUGAAUCUUAUGGAGCAGGAUUUUCGUUA